AUCGGGAGUUUCGCCGUGAAUAUGCAAAGCCGCCAGCCGUCCGUGACGCUCUUCAUGUGCUCGUUUGUGGUAGUUUACGAUUUUUGUAUCCAUCAGCGUCUCAAGGCAAAGAAGCAGCCGGAGCGAGUGUGUUGAUGUGAGACUGUCUGAGGGGAACUGUCGCGCGCGCUUCUGCGUCUCACAUGAUUGUAGGUGCAGAAACCAAACCUGCUGCGUAAAUCUACACCGAGAGACACGCUGUAUUGUGUCAUACGGAGAAAACCAGAGGAGCUCCGCCACGCAAAGGUGUCCGGUAACGGUCGUGGCCGAGCCGUUGAAGACCGCCCUAAGGCAGAUUCUGUAGUCUUGUAUGAAUGCGAGAGGAUGCGUAAGACCUCCGGAGGCUCUGAUCAAAGCGUGCACUGACCCGAGACGCCGGUCAACAGUAGGUAUCCACGAGGACCGAAAGGGAAGGAGAUGGAAGCGGUCGCUCGUAGCGGUGUACCUUACACGCUAUGGGUGUGGCGGGAUUCUGAGUAGAGAAUAAACCCUUGCGCUCGCGUUUGGCCUCUCGGUCCUGUCCCGCCGCGUUCCUCCGUUCGAGCAUGGAUGCGGCUUCGCGAAGGAUGCGGCUCUUCGGCGCUCUGCUGGUCCUGUCCCAGUUCCCGGGCAGCCUGGGCAUCCACAUGGAUUCGGUGGGCAGUCACAGCAUGUUCACCUGCGAGUCGAUCGGCCUCCGAAUGUGCCAGGAUCUUCCCUACAACACCACCUUCAUGCCCAACCUCCUCAACCACUACGACCAGCAGACCGCCGCUCUGGCGAUGGAGCCCUUCCACCCCAUGGUGAACCUGCAGUGCUCUCCAGACCUCCGGCCGUUCCUGUGUGCCCUCUAUGCCCCCGUGUGUAUGGAGUACGGCCGGGUGUCUCUGCCGUGCCGGAGCCUGUGCACUCAUGCCAAGAGAGACUGCCAGAAGCUCAUGGAUAUGUUUGGAGUCUCCUGGCCGGAGGAGAUGGAGUGCAGCAGGUUCCCAGACUGUGAUGAGUCUUACCCUCGUGCUGAAGAUCUGCUCGUGAACGAGGAACCCACUGACCAGUCGUCCAUGUCCGUUCAGCGCGACUACGGCUUCUGGUGUCCCCGUGAGCUCAAAGUGGAGCCCGAGCUCGGCUACACGUUUCUCGGCGUGCGUGACUGCUCCCCUCCCUGUCCCAACAUGUACUUCCGGCGCGAGGAGCUCACCUUCGCCCGCUACUUCAUCGGCGUGGUCUCCAUCGUCUGCCUCUCGGCCACGCUCUUCACCUUCCUCACCUUCCUCAUCGACGUCACGCGCUUUCGCUACCCGGAGCGCCCCAUCAUCUUCUACGCCGUCUGCUACAUGAUGGUUUCGCUGGUGUUUUUCCUGGGCUUUCUGCUGGAGGACCGCGUGGCGUGCAACGCGGCCAAUCCCGGCCAGUUCAAAACGUCCACGGUGACCCAAGGCUCGCAUAACAAGGCCUGCACGCUGCUUUUUAUGGUGCUGUACUUCUUUACCAUGGCGGGAAGCGUUUGGUGGGUCGUCCUCACCAUCACCUGGUUCUUGGCCGCCGUUCCCAAAUGGGGAAGCGAGGCCAUCGAGAAGAAAGCGCUGCUCUUCCACGCCAGCGCUUGGGGAAUCCCCGGCAUGCUGACCAUAACCCUGCUGGCUCUGAAUAAAAUCGAGGGCGAUAACGUCAGCGGGGUGUGUUUCGUGGGCCUGUACGACGUUCACACCCUCCGCUGGUUCGUGCUGGCCCCGCUCUGCCUGGACGUCCUGGUGGGAGUGUCGCUGCUGUUGGCCGGGAUCGUGGCGCUCAACAGGGUCCGGAUGGAGAUUCCUCUGGAGAAGGAGAACCAGGACAAGCUGGUGAAGUUCAUGAUCCGGAUCGGCGUGUUCUCGGUGCUGUAUCUGGUGCCGCUGCUGACUGUGGUGGGAUGUUAUCUGUAUGAACAGACGUACCGCUCUGUUUGGGAGACCACGUGGGUGCAGGAGCGCUGCAGAGACUACCACAUACCCUGCCCUUUCCAGGUGGAGCAGACCAGCAGGCCUGACCUCGUCCUGUUCCUCAUGAAGUACCUGAUGGUGCUGGUGGUUGGGAUCCCGUCGGUGUUCUGGGUGGGCAGUAAGAAGACCUGCUUCGAGUGGGCCAGCUUCUUCCACGGCCGCAGGCGCAAAGACAGCAGCGCGGUGAACGAGAGCCGGCAGGUUCUCCAGGAGCCAGACUUUGCUCAAUCCCUGCUGCGAGACCCCAACACUCCCAUCAUCCGGAAAUCCCGGGGGACGUCCACGCAGGGCACGUCCACCCACGCCUCCUCCAUGCACCUGGCCAUGCUGGACGACGUGCGGAGCAAAGCCAGCAGCGUCCACAGCAAGAUGAGCAGCUAUCACGGCAGCCUGCAUCGCUCCAGAGACGGCAGGUUCACCCCCUCCAGCCACAGAGGCACGGAGGAACGCCCGGCGUACGGGAGCGCGCCGCGACUCAACGAGCAGCUGUCCCGUCACAGCAGCCUCCACCGCCUCGACAGCCAGUCCAGACACGGCAGCGCCCGAGACCUGAGCGAGCCGCCGGCCGCCGGCCUCACGCACGGGUCCAGUGUGAAGCGCCUGGCGGAGGACGACGGGGCGAGCGCGUAACCAAGAGACCGUCCCGUUUUUUCGGCAGCGUCAUCAGAAACUCGAUGCACGCGCGUCGACGGAUUCCUCCCGUCAGCGGAGCACCCGAGUAACAGGACGCGCUUUCUUUGCUACUGCGAAGUCAUGCCGGAUGAAGCUUACUGCACGUGAUAAAGCAGCGUCAGGACAGUUGUCCGAUGGGAGAUUAUUAUUUUUUUUUUUCAUUGCAUCCAUCACACAACCCCCGGGUUAAAGAGUUAAUAGAUCACCGACGCUUCAAGACUGACGACCGUCCCAUUAGAGAUCAGGUUUCAAACCCUUGAAAGCCGAAGGAGGGUUCAAAGAGAGGGAGGAUCAGCGGUUUUGUGCCUCUAGCAAGCUAUUUAGUUUCUGGUGGUAGUUUGGUUGAGAUGACGUACCAGACUCCUCGCCGAACACCUGAUGUGCUUUUGUUCAGCCGCUCUACCUCAUCGCAUCGGCUCGCUCUGACCUCCCCACAACCGCGUCGCAAAACGGGUUUGCGAACGUCGUCUUUCAGAAGGCCGUCUUACGCGCAGACGCUUUUCCGCCCAUGUGUACAGGAGUCUCAAGCUUUGUAAAUGGUGCUUCUUUCUAAUGUUGCUUCGUGAAUAUUUCAGCAGGCCCCCCGAGCUCGCGCAAUUUUCGGACGCCUGUUGAAUUCUCACGAAUCGUGCCGUUUUACGACGCUUUAAACGUGAAGUCGAGUGUUUCUGUUUACGUGUUGGAUGAGAUUACAGUGGUACCAGGUGCCUAAACAUGUGACUUUGGACCUGAGCUUUGUAAAAGCUGUUUUUCUGCUCGCCGUUAGCUUCUGCUGUACCUACGCCUUCGGUUUUCCCAGAGUACGCUUGACUUUCAUGUCCACUUUACUAAUGAGGAACGAUAUAGCACUUUAACCGUGGCUAUCUGUUGAAUGUGUAGGCAUUACUGUAAAUCCAGUCAUAGCAUCAUGCAAGAAUUCAAAUAAAGCUUUUGUAUAUAUAUAAAAAA